UUUAGAGGACGUCCAGCCCCACCCGGUUAUUCGGUCUAUCGAGCACCUUAUGAAACCCUUAAAGACGGUACAAUUCAAUCGCGUGAUACACAUUUAAACCAUGACGGCGAAGCUUUGCUUCAGUUUUUGAAACAAAGAAACACUGCUCCUCUCAUGGCUGUGCGUUUUUAUGGUUAUCACGAAGAGACACAUUGGCGAACGCGUAGCACACGGGACCAAGAUGGCAACCUCGUGGAAGAACGCGAACCAGUGACUCGGCGUAUUGACGAUUUUUGUUUUGAGAUUGAUUGCAGCAACUAUGUGUCACCCAACUGUGAAGGAAUGUAUGUCCUACCGGAUCGCAAGACUGGAUUUACCAAAUCGGUUCGCGAGCUAUGUGAUGAUUAUGUUCAUGAAAGGAACCAGCUUAAAGAGUUACGACUUACUAAGGUCGUGGACUGGGAUUAUGCUCAGUUAACACGGGGUAAGGUGUCCCGGUUGGCGGAUAAUUGGAUGGUUCGGUGGUUCUUUAUCCUCACAUGUCUUUGGAUCCUCACUUGGCCGAUCCUUUGGUUAUGUCGCAAGAAGUUUGGACACAAUUCGCUUCAAAGCAAAUGGAAAAUGGCUGUAUCUGAACGUGAUUGGUAUAACGAAAAGGUCCAAGAAGUGUUAGGCCAAGUGCGACAUCAA